AUGAAAUUAAAAACGUCAAACAACUUGGAGCGACUCUUUCACUUGUGAGCGUCAAAAAUUUUGUUGUUUUCUAGCAAACGAUUUUCAAAACAUAAAAAACAUAAUUUUCAUACAAUACUAAAAUCAUGGAAGUGAAAGAGUGCAACGAUUUGGCCGAAGAGAAUCAAUUUAUUGUGGACGAUGUCAGUAAAAUUAUCAAGGAAGCCAUAGAAAAUUCUAUUGGUGGUACUGCUUAUCAGCAUAACAAAGUAAAUCAAUGGACAUCUGCGGUGGUGGAAUCAUGUUUGGGACAAUUGACGAAGUUGCAGAAGCCUUACAAAUACAUAGUGACAUGCACAAUAAUGCAGAAAAGUGGAGCUGGACUACAUACAGCAUCGUCAUGUUUUUGGGACAACAACACGGACGGAUCCUGCACAGUCCGCUGGGAGAAUAAAACCAUGUACUGCAUUGUUUCUGUAUUUGGCCUUGGUAUCUAAAAUAACUUUUGUUUUAAGUAAACUAAAAUGACUCUACACUGUUGUCGCUUGCAUCUUGUCUCGAAGAAAUUAAUUAGACAUUUCAUGUACUAUGAGAGUAGUAUUGUAAAUUUUAUUGGAAAUGGAGAUAUAAAAUUUACUGUUACAGAUCAGAAAUUAAUGAUUAAAAUGUUAUAAUUGCAAUUAAUACAUUAGAAUUAAAAUUCCACUGUAAAUGUUAUGGAUAGAAUGCACUUUUCAUUUUUUUUUCAGUGAAGAUGUUUGUUUUCAAAUCAUGCAUAAAUAGACGUGAUUGACAUUAUACCUGCUUAUCUCUGGUAUAUAUGGAUGGAGGGAGGGUUGGGCAUAACUCAUGCAUGGUUUGUGAACACUGCAGACUUUAGUCAUACUUAAUUUUAAGUAAUUAGGAUAUAUUUUCGUACUCAAUAAAAAUAUAUCGGAAUC